AUGAGCGAAUUGCUUAUUAGAUUUAAAAGCGGGAUAAAGUUAUAUAAGUUUGAAAAAAAUGAAAAUAAAUAUGACAGUAAAAUAAUUUUUGAAUAUGAUGGGUAUAUACAUGAUGUGAUAUGGUCUCAUGAUGGAAAAAGUUUCUUAAUCUUUCAUUCCAUAGAUGGUGUAUUAUUAGUAUUAAAUUGUUCUACUAAUAUUCAAGUGAAUAAAAUAAAAUGUCAAAAUAAAUAUAAAGAAUUAUUUACACAAGAUAAUCUAGCAUUAAUCAAACAUGUACAAUGGUCACCAAAUAAUAAAUAUAUUGUUAUAUUUUUUCCAUACGAUGAAAAUAAACAUAAAGAAAUCGGGAAUGUUCUAUUAUGGAGUACAGAUAAAAAUAAAGUCAUAUCCUCUUUUAAAAUCAAAAAAAAUAUAUGCUCCAAUUGGCCGAUAAUUCAUUUUACUAAUGAUGAUAGAUAUUUCUUUUUACAAAAAAAAUCAGAUAUGUAUAUAUAUGAUACAUUAAUAUUAGAACAAGAUGAAAAUACUAAUUCUAAUGAUGUUUCAAAUAAAGAUAUUCCAAAUAAUUAUAUUUAUUCAUGGAAUCAUCUUAAUGUAAUUGCUAUAUAUUUUUCCAAAUAUAUUGAUGAUCAAAAUUCCAGAUAUUUUGUUUUACAUACAAAACAUAAUUUCUUAGGAGAUAUAUAUGUAUAUAAAAUAGAAGGACUAACCAAUGAUCAAUCACCUUCAUCUAUUUCAAAUCGAAACAUCGAUGAAAGUAAUAACAAAAUAAACAUAACCUUAUUAACAAAGAGAAACUUUCAACACUUAGAUAAUCUAGUAUGCUUAUAUUCAAUCACUGGAAAAUAUAUCAUAUUUCUUGUUUCAACUAAUGAUACAACAAAUACAUCCUAUGGAUAUGUAAGUAAUUGCUACUAUUGUUCAUUAGUUUCGAAACCUGUAAAUAUAAAAAAAAUUAAUACCCAAGUUGCUCAAGAUGCAAAAUGGAGCAAUAUAUCUGAUGAAUUUUUAAUUAUCGAAGGAAAAUCAGACAAUAUAAUAUAUUUAUAUGAUUCAUUUUUAAAUAUUAAAUCAAAAAUAUCUGCUCAAUAUAAAAAUACAAUUAAAUGGUGUUCCUUCGGGAAUAUGAUAGCCUUAGGAGGUUUUGGAAACCUGGCUGGAGAUAUCGAUUUUUAUUACAAAGAAAAAAAUUAUAAUGUUACAUUAAUUAAACAAUAUAGAGAACCAUGCACUGUUUUGUGUGAUUGGUCUACGGAUGGCACACUUUUUAUGACAGCAUCUACUUUCCCUAGAAUGAAAGUUGAAAAUACUUUUAAAAUUUAUACAUAUGAAGGAGAUCUAGUUAAUAAUUAUAGUUUUAAUGAACUAUAUGAUGUUAAAUGGAAAAAUUGUUUACCAGGUGUUUUGAAAGAACCACCAAAACCUAAACCUAAACUUAUAGAUAAUAAAAAAAAUGUUUAUAAAAUUAAAUAUAUAAAUCAUGAUAAUUUAUCGACACCUAAUAAUACUAUAUCACAUCAACGAAGUACUCCAAAUUCUUUCCUCGCAUCUCGCAUCAAUCGAAACAUUCCAAAUAUAAACACAUCCAACAAUCAUAACAUUACGGAUCUUCUUGAUUCUUUUCAAGUCACUAACGACCCAAAUACUUCCAAAUCCGCCGACAUAACUAAUUCAAACAUUUCUGCAAAUUUUGAUACUAACAAUACCGAACUAAUUGAUAAAGAAAAAGGUGCAUCAUCUGCAUCUAAUCCAAAUAAACUCUCACAUCUACCAAGAAAUCAAAUACAGAACCCACAAACUCCAUCUAAUAAUCCAAAUAAUAUUACUAAACAACCAAAAAAAAAAGAAAAAGGAGCUGGAGGAAAUCUUUAUGAUUGGGACAUUGAUUGGAGAAAGAAAAAUGCAGAUUUAAAUUUACAUUCAAAAAAUAAAUCACCAAUCCCAACACCUUCUGUAUCUACAAACUCAAAUCAAAAUAUUCCAGAUUUUAACAACAUUCCAAACGGAUUAAAUAAUUAUAAAAAAGUGUCUGAAUUUUUAGCUCAAAAUGAUAUAUACAAUAAUUCGGAUCAAAUAGAUAAAUCCAAAUUAUUAUCUUCUUUACAAAAACAAUAUUCGAAUUUACUUAGUUCUGCUAAAAAUUAUAACAACAUUGAUAAAAGUUUAAUUGAAAAUAUUAUGGAACAAGAGAUUAGAAAUAAUUUUGAAAAUAAAGAAAUGGCAAAUACAUUAAUAAGUAAUAUAUCGGAAAUUGAUCGAGUUGAACGAAAUAAUUAUUUAAAAUCAGAAGAUCCAAAACAAGCUAGAAAUGAAAACAAUAUAGAUAAUAUAAAUAAAAAAAAUGAUACAAAUUUUACAGAUGAAAAAAAAAAGAAAAAGAAAAAAGAUAAAGACAACACUUCUACCUUCAACAAUCAUAGUGACCGUGACCCUAAUCAAAAAAAUGAAAAUGAUACACUCAAUUCUAAUAAAGGCAUUAACACCGUUAUAGAUCCCCAAGGGGGUAGCAACAAACUUCUUAUGCAUAUAAAAAAUGAUGGAAAUAAAAAAAAUUACUUAGAAAAACAAACUGAUGAUACAACAAAUAAAGACAAAUUUAAUAAACCUAAUUUAAAACAAGAACAAAAUAAUAAUAAAAAAAAAGGAAAUGAAAAAAUUAUUGAAACAGAAAAUAAUAUUCCUGAAAAUACUGAAAAGGAUCAAAAAAAAAAAAAAGAAAAUAAAAAUAAAAAUAAAAAAUCAAAAAAAAAGAAAAAUGAAAUAUUAGGUGAAACAAAUGAUAACUCUCCAAACAAUGACGCAGACCAAUCAGGAAAGCGUCCCAUUCAUUCUGAAGGUCCCAACUUUCAAAAUAAUUCCAAUAAUCAACUUAACAAUGAUAAUAACAUGUAUUCAACUAUUUUCCAUGAAAUUAUAAAAAACAAUACACCUGAAAAUAGUAAUAUGGCUGGUACCUCAAUUAUAAAUGAGCAUGUACAUAAUCAAAAUAUGCAACAUGAAUUAAAUCAGUAUAAUGAUAGUCGAUUUAUAAAUAUGAAACCAAACAAUAUGAAUGCCAUCUAUAAUAAUGAAAACAUAAAUGGGUUCUCUUCUUCUGUAAUUAAAUCAAACAAAAAUGAUGAAACACAAAGAGAUGCAAACAAAAUAGGAAACCUAAAUAGAAACUACUUACCUAAUGAUUAUCAAAUGAAUAUAUCACAAGAUAAAAAUAGUAAGGAAGACAAUUUCAACGAACUUUCAAAUAAAGAAAAACUUAUUAAGCAUAUUUUAUUUUUAAAAAAACAAAGAGAAAAUAAUCUAAUCGAAGAAAAGAAUUUACUGAAUUAUCAACAAAAUGAUAAUAUGGAUGUACAUAAUUAUAUUGACCAUAAUGAAUAUAUUAAAAUAAAUCAAACUUCUCAAGAUCAAGAAAUGGCAGUAAAUGAUUUUAAUAACAUUCACAAUAAUUCCAAAUUUAUGCAAAAUAUAAAUGAAAUAAAAUCUGGAAGAGCCAAUUCAUUUUUUUACAAUCCUAAUAAUAAACAAAAAAUGUCUGAAAAUGAUUAUCAAAUGUUUCAACAACAAACAGGAUAUAAUGACUCUUCAAACUCUCAAAUGGCUGAAAAUAUUUGGAGUAAUGAAAUUGGAAAUCAACCAUUUAAUAGUAAAAAUAUACAACAUAAUGAGGAUUUAUUAAAAUUGUUUAAAACUGUUCUCCCACAUGCUAAGGUGAACAUUCUUGGAAAUAAAAAAGAUGAACAUGAUUUUGAUGUUAGACAAAAUAGAGAUAAAAUAAAUAUGCAAUAUUAUCAUGAUCAAUCUGUAAAUAAUAAUAAAAGAGAAACUCUUGAUUAUAAUACACAAUCUGAAAUUAAAAAUAAUUAUAUAAAACAAAAUUCUAUAAGCAUUCGUCAAAUGAUUGGAGAAUCUAAAGAACAUCUUAUAAAAGAAAAUAUUAUUAAUAGAAAUAAAAAUGAAAAUCCUAAUACCCCACAUUUUAAUAUAUCAACAAAUAUGAAAUUACAAAUAAAUAAUUUAGAUUUUGGUGAACUUUUAAAAUUCUAUCAUUCAUUAAAUAUUCAACAAAUUCAAUUAAAAUUAUAUUGGAUAUUUUUUAAAAUUAAAAAUUAUGAUGAUAAUAAUACUCCUGAAACUUUAGGAAAAGAAAAUAAAAUAUUAUUAAAACUUAAAGAAAUAAAAGAUAUAUCAACUUAUGCUAAUUAUGUAAUUAAAAUGACGUAUGAAAAAAAUUCAAAAAAAUUUCAAUCCUUAUUACAACAAUUUAUAGUCAUAUUAAAACAUCAUGAUAAUUUAUAUCAACAAAAAAAAGAUAAAAUUAAAAUGGAACAUUAUGAUAAAAACUUUAUUAUAAAUUUUAUUAAUAACAUUGAUCAUAUUGUAGAAAAAACAUCAGCUUUAUCUUCAUCUCAAUCGUCACAUGAUAUGAAUAUGUAUAAUCACCAAAAUCAAUAUACCCAUCAAAAAAACAAACCAGAUUUUCAAACAUACACAAGUUCAGUUUCAAAUCCAAUGCAUUUCACCAACACAUCUGCAUCUACUCCCUAUGAGAAUCACACUCAUAGAAAUCAACCAUUAAAUUCUCAUAACAUAAAUAACAAUAUGAAUAAUUAUAGCUCCGGAAUAAAAUCAAACAAUAAUAAUAUAAGAGAAAAUGAACAAACAUUAGAUAAUAAUAAACAUAUGGUUAUCCAAAAAAUGAUCGAUUAUUUUAGACAAAUAAAUGCAACAACGGAACAAAAAAUAAAUCUUCUAAAUAGAAUCAAUUUAACAGAUGCACAAAAAAAAUAUAUUAUAAAUAAAAUACACUUUAAUAAUAAUGAACAAGAUAAUAAUUAUCAUAAUAAUUUAAAUAUGAACUCUGAAAAUGAUGAACAUAAAUUAUAUAAUAUGUCUAUCAAUACAAAUAAUAAAAAUACAAUAAGAAUUUCACAAGAUCAAUAUAAUUUAUCACCACAAGAAAUAAAUCACAAUAAUGAUUCCAUGAUCUAUUCACAAUUUGAUAAUAAUAAUGAUGGGAAUAUAGAUGGUACAUCUCCUAUUCUAAACAUAAUUCAUAAAUCGAUUGCUAAUAAAAAUAAUCAAAAAGAUUUUAAAAAUAAUACAGAUGUAGAAAAUAAUCAAAUGCUAUUACAAAAAUAUCAAAUCCUAAAUAUGUUGAAACAAAAAAAAAAAAUGGAUAUGGAAAAUAUUGAUCAUUCUACACCAUUAAAAAUAGAUGAAUUAAAUAAUUAUAAAUAUGACGAUAUAUCACAUUCAUUUAAACAUCCAAUACCUCAACAUCAUUUACAUCGUCAAGACAUUAAUAACUUUUCAGAUCAAACAAAUUUUAAACCAUCUAAUAAUAAUUCAUCGGAACGUAUUGAUUAUCCAAUUCAAGAAGAUGCUGAUCCUAAAACUUCAAACUUUUUACCUUAUAAUUCUAAAACUCAUAUUAAUCAUCCUAAUAACAUAAUGAUAAAGAACAAAUUAAAUACUAUGGAUAAGCAAGACAAUUCAAUGAGUAGGAAUUUUUUCAAUUUUUCUCAACAAAAUGAACCCACUCCAAAUGAAGGUGAUCAAAAUGAAAAUAUACAAACCACUAGAUCCACAAAUGAUAAAACUACUGAAACACUACCAAAUAACAGAGAUACUAAUAAAGAACAAAAAAAUACAGACAAUAAUAAUUCUAGAAAUCGAAGUGCUAGUAAAAAUGAAAAUAAAAAUGAUCGUAAUAAUGAAAGAAAAGAAUAUGAACAAGUUACAACUAAUGAAGGAAAAAAUGAAAAAAAUAAAAAAAAACAAAAAAAUCAAAAAAAUAAUACUAAUCAAAACUCAUUAAAUACUAAAAAUAUGACUGGAACAAGAAAUGGAACAGAAGCUCAAGUUCCUAAAACAUCAUCUGAAAUAAAUUCAUCAGAAUGUAAUUUAAAUGAAGAAAACAAAAAUGAUAAUAAAGCAAUUAAUAUUUUGCAAGAGCAAAAAAAUACAAUUAAUCAAAAUAAUAUUUAUGAUGUUGAAGAUGCUAAGCGACCAGAUGCACUAAGAGAUAAAUGCUGGCAAUAUAUCGACCCAAAAGGUGUUGUUCAGGGACCUUUUUUUCUAGAAGAAAUGAGAAUGUGGAGCGAAUUGGGAUAUUUCGAACCCAUGCUACCAGUUAGAUGCUGUGAUUCUGAUCGUUUUAUUGCUUUAAAUAAAUUGUUUCCCCCUCCACAUAAACCAUUUACUAUUGUUCCUAAACCACAACCAAUAUUACAAUGGGAAGAAGAACUACUAUGA